AUGGGCGAGAGCAGCCGGCUGUGCUCCGGCUACUUCAGCGUGAACCACAGCUUCGUGGAGCCCUUCCAGUGCCCCCGGCGCGGCGAGGGCGCGGCGCUGCUCUACUGCUGCGGCUUCGCCGACCUCAAGUACUGCUGCAGCGAGCCGGGCAGCUACUUCCCCUACAAGCACAGCUACAUGUGGAGCCUCAGCAUUGGUGCUCUGAUCGGAUUGGGAAUUGCUGCCCUUGUUUUACUGGCCUUUGUCAUCAGCGUCUGUGUUCUUUGUUAUUUGUUUCUCUAUACAAAGCCUCAAAAAAUAGACACUGGACUUAAACUUCAACCCCUAGAAGCUUCUUCUAUUGGAGAAGACUACUUAAAUACAAAAACAAGACCUUUCGUUUCACAUGCAACAUCAAAUUCAACAAAUGAAACAUCCUAUGAAGCUGAUGAUAUAAUUCAAGAAAAAACAACAGAUACAACACAAAUCAAUACUGCAUAUUAGUGAAAAAGCCUGUAUUUUAAAAGAUUAUUGGAGCUGCAGCAAGAAGAAUAAAGAAUGCAUUUCAACCUAUAGUUUCAAAUAUUGCUUUUUCAAUAUUCAUCACUCACAACAUAAAACACAACUGCAUUUUUGAUUAAUUCAUUGAACAAUAUGGUUUUGAUAGAUUGUCAUCUAUAUUCAUUUACUUUUAUUUGUUAAGGUGUUUCUGUAUUGCAGGAAAUUAUGCUAGUUCUUCAGAAGAAAUUAAUGAAUUUACCAAUUAUGCAAGCAACAAAUGAGAUUAUCACACUACCAGCAUUUUACAAUUUUUAAAACAGGCAAAUGUUUUAGUUCAUUUGUUUUUUUUUUCAAUAAGUGAUGACACUAGAUAAGCAAUUUCUCAGAGGAAAUUAUCUUUUGAACUAGGGUGUCAUGGUCUUAAGUCUCUUAGAAAUCAACCUCUGUCAGACAAAUGGAGAGAGGAAGGGUGUAGUCAAUGUACAUAUGUGAAAAUAGUAUUAGGUAAUUUGAAGGGAUUAGUGGGAUUGAUACAGAUGGAGGAUGAAGAUGGUGACACUGAUCAAGAUACUCUGUAUUCUUAAACUGACAUGCUGAGUUGAAACACCUUCAUAAUACUACUUAAAAAUCAUUAUUUUUAAAAAAUGAAAAA